AUGCGUGCGACUACCCAAUCCGGGCCUGCCAAACAUGCACACCACUCGAUAACAGAACUGACAGUGCGGGUUCCGGCCUCAAAACCGCCGGCGAAUUACAUCCCCGGUCCUCCCCGAUGGCGCACCCCAGAGUUCAUCUUCUACAUAACAUGUUUCGUUUUUAUCGUUCCAUGGAUGCCAUAUAUUCCCUGGGCCUAUCUUAACACUCCACAGAACCCUAAUUACCCCUCGUUUCGCCCGCUUCUUUCGGAUUCGUACAUUCCUGGGCUACUUGUUGACGACUCUGACGCACAAUACCGCUCAUUUCGCUCGAAUAUUCCCGCGCUUCUGGGGCUUGCCGGGGCUUACCUCUUACUGCGCGGGGCCUUUGCUCGGUACCUGGUUCCUAGCCAGCCCCAGGGCAGAAGCCACCUCACCUCGUUCCACCUACUCUCCUCUUUCCUCUUACUGUCAGCGUUACAUGGAACGUCUAUCAUCAAGAUAUACACUCUUCUGCUGACGAAUUACUGCAUUGUAAAAGCAUUGCCUCCGCGGAGCCCGAUUCUCGCUGUCUAUACUUGGGCAUUCUGCGCGGUGGUUCUGUUUGCGAACGAGAUCUACGAAGGUUACUCGUUCGCCGCAUUGCACCCCUCUCUUACGCCCCUCGAUGCCUGGACCGGCUUCUAUCCAAGAUGGCACAUCUCGUUCAACAUCACGAUGCUGCGCAUAAUUUCCUUCAACCUGGAUUGGCGAUGGGCCAACUUCUCCCAACCUGGCGACACGUCCUCCACUUUGCUAGACCCGAAGACACGGGUCACGCAACCCCAUACCCUGGCAUCCUAUACCCUUGGCAACUACCUGGCGUACAUCUUAUACCCGCCGCUCUACAUUGCCGGUCCCAUUAUGACAUUCAAUGACUAUCUGCAUCAGGUACGAUCUGCCCCUACCCCUGACACGCAUUUGGACUAUGUAAAGAAGUAUCUUUACCGCUUCAUAUUCUGUCUCGUGACCAUGGAGUUUGUCCUCCACACCAUGCCCGUUGUCGCCAUCAAGGACUCACAUGCCUGGCAAGGCAACACUCCGGUUGAGCUUGCCCUGAUCGGGUUCUGGAACCUAAUAGUAGUAUGGCUCAAGCUACUGAUCCCGUGGCGCUUCUUCAGGCUCUGGGCGCUUGCGGACGGAAUCGACCCACCCGAGAAUAUGGUACGCUGCAUGGCGAACAACUAUUCUGCCCUUGGUUUCUGGAGAUCCUGGCACCGGAGCUACAAUCUUUGGAUCGUCCGCUAUAUUUAUAUACCAGUCGGUGGAUCCGAACGUGCACUCCUAGCCUCCCUCUUGGUAUUCACGUUCGUCGCGUUGUGGCAUGAUCUCUCCUUCCGCUUACUCACUUGGGGUUGGCUCGUCGUGAUCUUUCUGAUUCCUGAGCUGGCCGCACGGCAGCUGUUCCCAUACUCCAAAUAUGGCAAGAACUGGUGGUUCCGCCAUAUCUGCGCACUGGGCAGUGCAAUGAACAUCCUGAUGAUGAUGACUGCCAACUUGGUCGGUUUCGUACUCGGCACAGACGGUACAGAAUAUCUUUGGUGGGAGCUUAUCAGCAACUGGAAUGGACUCGUCUUCAUGCUGUUUGCCAUUUUCUGUCUGUUCCUCGGGACGCAGAUCAUGUUUGAGUAUAGGGAAGAAGAACUGCGGCAAGGCAUAUACCGACGAUGUUAG